AUGGCUGGACCUAAUUUAGAAUUAUUUAAGUUUGCUGUUUAUAUUUUCUUUCCUGUAGCAACAAUGUAUUACUUUGGUGCACCUGAAUUUUAUGAAAAACAUGUUAAAAUGGUUAGAAAAUGGCCAGAAAACACCCCGAAUAUACCUAAUAAUCAAAAAGAUAUCUUGGAAGAAUUAAAGAGAUUAAAGGCAGAAAGAUUAGCAAAGAAGAAUAAUAAUUCGACUGAUUCUUGA